GCAAUCCUCAGUCUCUCUUUUCUGCGCAGGGGAAUCCGGAUCUAGCUUGUCUACAUGGGCAAAAGCGAAAUCGGUUUCGAAUCCGGAUUAAGCCUUUUCCCUGGUAGCUCACGAUGGCUGGAUUCCUGAGGUGUCUCCGGCAGUUGGCACCCGUGGUCUGUUCCUCCGCAAAGUUGUCGCUCCGGGCCCCCAUCAACUACCGGGUCUUGCUUUGGCAUGGCUGCAGGGACAGCUGGAUCCUGCCAACCUUACCCACCAGACACCUUGCUACCAAGAAAGCCAAAGCAAAAGGGAAAGGCCAGGCCCGAGUGAACAUCAACGUCUCUUUAGUCGAAGAUAUCAUCAACUUGGAAGAAGCAAAUCAGGACAUGCAGGCAGUGGUUACAGACCUACAGGAAGAGUUCAACAAAACUUUGAAUAUCAGGACCUCCCCAGGGGCUUUCCAUCAUAUUACGGUUGUAACCAGCAGCGGGAAAUUUCCUUUAAACGAGCUUGCACAAAUCACUCUGAAGUCUCCGCAACUCAUGCUUGUCAACAUGAGCAACUUCCCAGAAAGCACAGCUGCGGCUGUGAAGGCUAUCCAAGAGAGCGGGAUGAACCUAAACCCGGAAGCAGACGGCGCCAUCAUUCGAGUGCCCGUCCCCAAAGUCACCCGCGAACACAGGGAGAACCUGGUGGUUGUGGCCAAACAGAUCACCAACAAAGCCAAAGAGGCGCUGAGGAAAAUACGUACCAGGGCCGUGAACCAGACCAGGAAGGCCAAGGGCACCGCCUCGGUCUCCGAGGACACCCUCAAGUUGAUAGAGAAGCAGAUCCAGCAAAUGACAGAUGACGUUACCGCUGAACUGGAGAAACUGUUGGCGUCUAAGACGAAGGAGCUGCUGGGAUAACCAUGCUACGCUUGUACAGCAACUGUUAGAGAUGGUUUGGGGUGUUUUCCACGCCCACCCCAACCCCAUCUUCCUUUGCCGUGCUGGACUGUGGCAACGCCAUCUGAGCAUCACAGAGACUAAUAACUAGCUUCGUGGCUUCCUCUCGGAAGUUAGCUGGGGCUUUCAUUCAUGGCCUUAUUCAGCCUUGCGAAACACGGCCAUCCAGAGGAUCCAGAAGAGAAUGGCAUCGUGGCUGCCGGUCCCCAUUCAGCGCGGCUGUUCCGUUUGACUCACGGACUCUGUUGUGGGUAGAAGCGGCCCGGGAAAACCCCUGUCUUCGUGAACCCGCUGUUGUAGGUGCAUCAAAUAAAUAACAGCCAGAACUGCGAAA